AUGAAUACUCUUACAACUGCUACUUCCGUUAUUUCAUUUUCUUCUUUCAUAAGUAACGUCUCAAUAUCUACUCCGCCACAUAAAAAUUAUGAAAUUAAUUCGCUAACUAUACCAUCAACCCCAAACAAAAAGACAAAAAAUCAUAAUUUUCAUAGUGACAAUAAUAUAACAUUAACUCCAUCCAAACCACAUAAGUGUGGAAAAAAGAUAAACUCAUUUUCAAAGAAGGUACGAAAAAAUAAUGGGAAUAUUAGUAACAUUAAUUACGCUGGUAAUACUCAUGUUCCAAUAUUAUCACCUAUUCCAACAGAACUUCGUCACAGAAGAACAAUGAUAGACAGUUUUGAAGGAAUCUUAGGGGAACGAUUGAAUAGAGAUCUAGAAGCACAAUCUCCUAUCUCUGAUUUAGAGACAAUAAGCCCACUAAGUGACGUUUCCUCAUGCUCUCCCAGCCUGGAUCUUCCUAAAAAACCUCUAGAUUUUAAUGCCAUACCUUAUUUACCAUGGAGCUCUAGAGAUAGAUACUCUUCUAUGGAUAAACCAAAUACUAUUAUCCCUUCUACCUUGAUUGAAUUACAAAGUAUAAAUUCAGAUAAAAGAGAAGAAGAGUUUAUGUUAAAUCUACCCUCAUUAAAUUCUAAGAAGAGAAAUGAUUCGGAUGUUAGAUUAUCCAUACCGCAACAUAGGAGCAAGACUCCUAUUAAACCAAUCAUCAGAAAUGAUUCCAGAAGCUUGCAUCUUAUAGUAAGUUCUGGUAACGGUUCUCUAGACGAUGCUACAAUAUAUGCAACUGAGCUCAAUGCAUCAUCUUCUUCAACGUCUCAUCGUAUAUAUAAUUGUUCAUCAUCAACUUCAAAAAGUAAGGAAUCAAGUUACAAUAUUCCUAUCAUACAAAGUGUUUGGGAGCGUAUAACGAUUCCUGUAAAUCAUAAGAUAAAAGAAAAACACAAAAAAUUGAGAAGCACUUAUUUUGGUGAUAUUUAUGAUUCAGAAGAUGAACAAAUAUCUACAAAAGAUGACUAUGCCUUAAUUCGUGGAUAUGAAUUUAACAUUGAUUUCAAUGAAGAACCAACCACACGCCCAAACAAAACUGUUAGAUGGAAUGUACCAGCUUGA